AUGGAUAAUCCUUCCACCAAUGAAAGUUCCAACAUUUCCUCUAUUCAUUUAGAGUCCGCUUCAAACCGAAAACCAACCCCUCUCAUUAAGAUGAUAGCAGUUGCUUCCAUUGCUGCCGGCAUCCAGUUUGGUUGGGCCCUACAGCUGUCUUUGCUAACACCAUACAUCCAGCUGCUUGGCGUCCCACAUAAAUGGGCAGCCAACAUCUGGCUGUGCGGCCCGAUUUCCGGUAUGAUCAUCCAACCGAUCGUCGGCUACUACAGCGACCGGAACCGUUCUCGUUUCGGUCGCCGCCGUCCAUUCAUCUUCUUUGGCGCCCUCGCAGUCGCGGUCGCAGUCUUCCUCAUUGGCUACGCAGCUGAUAUCGGUCACUCGUUCGGCGACGAUCUCAAGAAGAAAACACGUCCAAAAGCUGUGGUUAUCUUUGUAUUCGGUUUCUGGAUACUCGACGUAGCUAAUAACAUGCUCCAAGGACCUUGUCGUGCCUUCAUCGGCGACCUUGCUGCUGACGAUCACAGAAGAAUGAGAACAGGUAACGCCUUGUUCUCGUUCUUUAUGGCCGUCGGUAAUGUACUUGGUUACGCUGCAGGCUCUUACCGCAAACUCUUCAUGAUGCUCCCUUUCACAAAAACCGAAGCCUGCAACGAGUUUUGCGCAAAUCUUAAAACUUGUUUCUUCAUUGCAAUAUUUCUCCUGUUCAUACUUUCAACCUUCGCUCUUCUUUAUGUAGAAGACAUUCCAUUACCAUCAUUAGAAUCACAAUCACAAUCAGAAGCACAAACACAGACACAAUCAGAACCAGAUGUUUCGUGUUCUGGAGAAAUACUAGGUGCAUUCAACGGACUACAAAAACCUAUGUGGAUGCUAAUGUUAGUCACAGCUAUAAACUGGGUUGCAUGGUUCCCAUUUUUCUUGUUCGACACUGAUUGGAUGGGUCAUGAAGUGUACGGCGGUGAUCCCGGAGACAACGCAUACAACCGCGGCGUCCGUGCCGGAGCAAUGGGGCUCAUGAUCAACGCGGUUGUGCUUGCUUUAAUGUCGCUAGCGGUGGAGCCAUUAGGGCGUUUUGUUGGGGGUGCAAAAAGACUUUGGGGCAUCGUGAAUAUCAUUCUUGCGGUUGGACUCGCCAUGACUAUUGUCAUAACCAAGGCAGCUCACCAUGAACGCCUCGUCAGCAAUGGUAAUACGCCUUCUGCUGGUAUUAGGGCUGCCUCGUUCGCUUUCUUUGCUCUCCUUGGAGUUCCUCUUGCGAUUAAUUUCAGUGUCCCAUUUGCUUUAGCAUCUAUUUACUCCAGUGCAUCAGGGGCUGGACAAGGUUUAUCAUUGGGAGUUCUUAAUAUUGCAAUUGUCGUUCCACAAAUGAUAGUAUCGGCAUUGAGUGGACCAUGGGACUCUCUGUUUGGCGGAGGCAACUUGCCGGCGUUUGUGGUCGGCAUGGUGGCGGCGGUAAUCAGUGGUGUAUUAGCAAUUAUUAUAUUACCUACCCCAAAGCCAACCGAUGUGGCCAAGGCUCCAAUUGCGGGUGGAUUUCAUUAG